AUUUACUAUGAUUGUGUGGACAGUUUGCUUCGAAUCUCAAAGAGUUUAUCUUUAGAUCUAGAAUCUAGAGGUCAGCCUGGCCCGCCUACCUUUUCCAAACGGCGUUCGGCUGUUUACAAUUUUUGUACCUGGUAGAUCUACACGCAUUAUGAUGGUGUUGCCUGAAUGGCACUGCCUUGACUGACAAACAAAACAACACUGGAUCCGUCCUGUAGGAUAGGCACAGGCUUGGCAGGCCUAGAAUCUAUUUAAUUGUUUUGAUUAGGCUAUAGAUUUUCUAUUAAACAACAAUUGCACCGCACUGAUCAAGACACCGUCGAAACAAACAGUUCAUAAAAUCUGUAUACAGUGUGGACUGCGGAAAGAGGUCUGUGUUCUAUACUGCUGCUGUCAGUGUCGACUGAACUUCUGACUGACUGAACUGAAGUUGAAGUGCAAUUGUGAACCUGAAGUCUUCGCCCGAGACAAAAGCUUUGGGCUUUGCCAGACUACAGCUAAUGCUGUGACCACUACCAACAGGUGGGAAUGACCGUGAAAGGUCCAACAGCUAUUUUAUAACUGGCCACCAUGAGUACUGUUGAGAGUGUUGACGCCAUCAUUGUUGUGGGCCCUGUCUUGUGGAAAUGUGUCAACUGUGACCUGUUAGCAUCUCGACACCACAGUGUUGAUGAUCAUUUGAGAACUGUGCAUGCUUCCACUGCCACUUCCAGAUUAAAACACUCUCUUAAACAUGACAGCUCUUUAUUGAAUAAAUGUGACAUCCAUGGGUGCUCUUGUCGUUUGAUUAAGUCAAGAAGUAGCAUCGCGAAAGUUAAGAAACGAAGAAGUUCUAGUGGAUCCAGGACUCCACAAUUUCUCCAUAAAACGAACGGUGUUUUAGCAGUUGAGAGCGAUGAAAAUGAUGAUUCUGUUUGCAAUGACGAUCGUCUUCAAGAUGAUGGUGACGAUGAUGACGAAAUUCCACAAGCAUUAAGAGAUAUUGUGGAAAAAGCCAUCACUACAAAAGAGAAUGAUUUGGAGUGUUGCAAUGUUGAGAACAGAACUGCUUGUGAUCUGGGUGAUCAAGCACAAAGUGAAGUUGAAAAGACCAAUGAACUCAAAGAUAGCACAAAUGAGAAAGUUGAAAGUUCCAGAGAAUUCCAAGUUGAUUCAUCAGCUGACUGUGAAGAACCUAAACGUGGAUUAAAACGUACUUUUUCUUCCGCCUCGGAUAAAAUGACCGAUGAAGUGUCAGAAAAGGCGUUAUCUGAACUGACAGAUGGCAUAGUGGAUGGUUCUGAUCUUCAAGAUAACUCAGUGGCCAAAGUUUCUUCUUCUAGAGGUAGCAUUGAUGAGACUCGUGUUCAGGGAAAAGAGCAAGGGAGGCGAACAAGUAGCAGGGCAAACAAAGGGAAAAACACUCAGUACAGUGAAUAUAGAGUGGAAUUUGUGUAGAAUGAUUUGUUAUGUAACGUAGUUUGUUUGGGGUGUUUAGUUUAUAUUUUUGUAACACACUUUAAAGAAUAAUGUGAUAAAAACCAUGAAUGUAGGCCCUAUGUUGUCUUUAUGACCAGCUUACCUGGAUAUUGUUAUGCUAUGUUUGCACACAUGCGUACAGUUUAGCGCACACAUAGCGAACAUGCACAAUAAAUUAUAAGGCAAAGAGAUUUUUAGGUCCCAAUUUAAAAAAACAAAAAAAUCUGCGCACAGUACUUUCAAAACACACAUAUUCGCAGGCUCAUAUGACCUAAUGCAGUUGCAAGUGCCGUAAACUAAAACUCUUUCUAAACCAAUGCACACACAUGGCAUAAACAAUGUGUAAAAGUGAAAAAA